UGUGCAAACAAGCGGCACGGCUUGAUUAACGCUUUCCGACAGCAAGCAGGCCGAGGGAAGGUGUUUAUUCCUCACCCCACCCCCAUUCCACCAGCUGGGCUACGUGAGGCUCGGCCCCGUGGCGUUUGCUUGCUUGGAUCUCAGCCGUCGAGAGAACCCCGGCCAGCUCGCCUCGUCACGCCACACUGCCCUGAGAAUCUCUUUUGGGCUAUCUCGAGCGCUGGUGUCGAGUCGUCUUCGUGGCCGCUUGUGCCUGUCCCCGACUCCCUGUGCGACAAGACCGCACUGCUACGCUCCGCCCAAGGCAACUCCUGCCUCUAGCCGGCGCGUCUGGGCGUAAUUAUAUUGUACCAAUGCUUCCCUUCUUGGAGGUUGACCACCUCCCCUCCUCCUCGUCUUUCUACUCGGCCGUCAUACGCCCCCUUGGCCUGCGUUACCUGUCCACCGAAGACGGGCAUUUCCCUUCCAUCACAUACGGAAACGCUUCCCGAACCGCCCCUAUCUUCCAGAUCAGGCAGGUGAUCUCGAGCAGAGAUCGGCCCCUGAGGACUUCACGCAUUGCGUUGAGCGCUCCUUCGGCGGCCGCGGCCGACUCCUCCUACGAGUUUGCCCUGCGGGCCAAUCCCGACGCCCGGGACACGCAGCCCCGCCACCCGGGCGAGAGUUACGCUGCUGGCGGUGGCGCGUCCGCGCAACGGAGAGACACCAGCGGUGGCGGCACCCGGGUGCUUAUAACUGACUUUGUCGGUAACAUGAUGGAAAUUGUCUAUCAACCGCCACCAAAUUACCCCUCGCAAUACAACGGCUCGACCGUCCGCCACACCAAGUCAACCAGCGACGAAGCAAGCCGCAUCCUGGGCUGGAACUACGACGUCGCGAGCUCGUCCGUCGCUUCACCCGCCGGCCCCAGCUCCACAUCUGGCGCAUCUGUUCGCACCGUCUCCCGUCGGUCCUACGCCCAGUAUCCCGACGACGACGACGACGACGACGACCAACCUCACCCCGGAAUCAGGCGGAGCGUCACCGCCGGGUCCUCAGUUUACGAACCCGCCGCAUCCGCGCGAGAGAACUCCAACGGCCUAAGCGCCGGUGCCGUCGUCGGAACCCUCCUCGGUGUUGCUGCCGGAGCCGCAUUCACCUACAACAUCGUCAAGAGCGACAAGCCUCGGGACGCCCGGCACGAUUACGACAUGCCAUCUUUCUCACGCCGAUCGACCUUUCCGGAAAAGUACGACGGGUAUUCGGAUCGCGAGCCCCGGUACGUCGAAGUGGAACGUGCCGUCGAUAAGGUCCGCUAUCCCCCUACGUCGGAUUAUCGCCGCCCUCCGCCCGAGUACAUCGCGCGGUACAGCCAAGCCGAUGCGCCGCGGAGCAGGGAGGUGGACGACGCCUACGAUGACUCACGGGGUCGUCACCCAUCAUCCCGGCCGCGGACCUCUUCUGCGCGGCCUCGCAGUGAGUCGGCGAGUUACAGGGACCCCUACAGCGGGGCCGAAGCCGAGUAUCAUAGUUAUGCGAGCUCGAAGGGCUCGAGGCACCCCCCGAUAGUGCACCGCAGUUACACAUACGAUACCCCCGACCGGGACAGCUACGUCUCGGCCAAGAGCCAGCGGUCCAACAGCACGGUCCGCGGGGUCCCAUCUGACCCCUACGGCGCACCGGCGCAGGUGAGCUCGCACUCGAGGUCCGGCAGCCGCGUGACAACGACGACGAUGACGUACAAAAUGGCCGGCCGCCCCCGGAGCUACAGCCGAGGAGACAGCUACUCUUCGGCCCGCCACGUCCCUCUCCCCGACAGCCGAUCGCCCACCUACAUAUCAACGCGCGACCUCCCCCUCCCCGACAGCCGGCCCCCCGCGUACCUCUCGCCCCGCGACAUGCCCUAUCCUGAUAGCAGGGCGCCAGCCUACCCCUCGGCCCACGACGGCCCGCUUCCGUCGAGCAGGCCGCCUACCUACGUGUCGGCUCGCCAUAUCCCCUUACCAGAGAGCUACGCGGGCAGUCAUUCCAAGUGGGAAGGUGACGACGACGAUGACGAUGACGACGACGCGGACAGUAUCGCGCCGAGCGACAGUAUUAGCUGUGUUGGGAGCCGGAGGAGUGGGCGACCGCACUAUUGAGCGACGUUGUGGUGGUGUAUAUACCAGGAAAAUGCGUUUUGGUUCCUUGUGUUUUUUUAUGGUCAACGGGGCGAUUGUUUCAAGAGGGGGCUUUCCUUGCCACCCAUUAUUUCAGUGUAUGUACAUACAGUACGGGAA